AGACAACAUGUGAACCGGAGCUUCCCCAUUCAAUGAGGAACGAAAAAAAAGUCAACUUUACUACGCGUACCACCCUCUUCAAAUAGCUCCGUAGUAGUUUCCAAAUUGAAGCAGCGUCUUUGUGAUCACCACCUUUGUGUUGUUUUCAAUCAGUCUGAUCAAAUCCUCUCUAAGGAAAAAAAAAAAAAUGGGUUUUUUUGCAAAGAAAGGUCCAUCUGGGUUCUCGUCUUGCUCUACAGCUGAGGAAGUUACCCAAGGAAUUGAUGGAACUGGCCUCACAGCCAUUGUUACAGGAGCGUCAAGUGGUAUUGGCGUAGAGACCGCACGUGUCCUUGCCUUGCGUGGUGUACAUGUGGUUAUGGCUGUACGAAAUGUGGAUGCUGGAACAAAGAUUAAAGAAGCAAUACUUCAGAAAAACCCCACUUCUAAACUUGAGGUUAUGGAGUUAGAUCUGAGUUCAAUGGAAUCUGUCAGAAAAUUUGCAACCGAGUAUAACUCCUCGCGUCUUCCCCUGAAUAUCCUCGUUUACAAGGAUUUUCCUGCUUAUGGACAAUCAAAGCUUGCUAACAUAUUGCAUGCCAAUGAGCUAGCAAGGUGCUUCAAGGAAGAAGGGGUGGAUAUUACUGCUAAUUCACUUCAUCCUGGAGCUAUUUCCACUAAUAUUAUGCGUCACCACAGCAUUAUGCAUGGCUUGUCUAAUUUGAUUGGUAAAUUUGUGCUAAAAAGUAUUGCACAGGGAGCGGCAACUACAUGCUAUGUGGCACUGCAUCCACAAGUUAAGGGUAUAAGUGGUGAGUAUUUUUCAGACAGUAAUGUAGCUAAAACGGUCACCUCUCAUGCUAAAGAUGCAGAAUUGGCAAAGAAACUAUGGGAUUUCAGCGCGAGCUUGACACAGCCCAAGUAG